AUGGUGAGGGUUAUCAUUGUGACAGGCGCGUCGCGCGGCAUCGGUGAGGCAACCGUUGAAAAGUUGUGCACAGCCCCCGACGUUGUGGUGGUGGGAGUUGCGCGGGCGGAAAAGACCUUGAAGGUGCUGAAAGAGAGAUAUGGCAGUAAAUUCGACUACGUUGCUGGAGACGUCACCGAUGAGAGCGUGGUGCAGGCGGUGCUCGACAAGGUGUCCUCGGAUUAUGGGCGGCUAGACGCCAUCAUAGCGAACGCAGGCGUCUCGCGCUUCGAACGCAUCGCCGAGGCAGACAUCCAGCAGUGGAAGCGCACGUUUGAGAUCAAUUUGUUUAGCGCGGUAAGCCUGGUGAGCAAGGCGCUUCCGAUGCUAAGGAAGUCGCAGGGUACGGUGAUUGUGGUAACCUCAGGACUCAGCAAGGUAGGCUACCGGGCGUCUGCGUCGUACGCAUCGUCCAAGAUCGCAUUGAAUCACUUCAUACGGAUUCUGGCGGCCGAGGAACCUGCCCUGCGGGCAGUUGCGGUGGCACCCGGCGUGGUCCGGACCGACAUGACAGUGGAAGCGCUCGAUGCUUCUGAGGACGCGCCCGGCGCGCGCGACAAUUUCUUUAAAGCGGUGCUUAAGCAGGGUCGGGUCGUUCUGCCAGAUGCGCCCGGUGCCGUACUGGCUGCCCUGGCAGUGAAAGGCAUUCCUCAAGAGCUGAAUGGCAGGUUCGUGCAAUUUGAUAGCGAGAAAUUGGCGGCGUACGCCAAGUUGUGA